UUCAGCGGAUGCCUGGCUCUAUUUGCGGGGGUUACAAUUUCUACUCCGCUCAUCCAUUCAACUCCUGUAGUCAGCAAAACAACCCGACACAGUCUACCGGGGUCGGCAUCUCCAAGCAGAAUCCUUGAGAGCUGUGUGCCUGUGUGAAAGUAGGGCUGCCGGCACCACUGCAGCAGCACUAAAUCUAGGUCUGUCAAGCCAGCCAGCGCUUAAAGAAGAGGGACGGACAGAGGGGGAGGGGGGGGAGCAAGGAAACGAUCGAUUAAUUUCAGUAACUCACAGUAAUGGAGAUCCAAAGAGACCGCCGGGCGCCGGAUCAAACUUAAAAGAAGAGUGUGUUGCCACAUCGGAUUGUUCCGAUCUACUAGCGAGGAGCAGAAGAGAACAGGGGAAAAAAGGGGGGGGGAAGGAGUGUUCAGAAAAAGAGCUCUGAAAAGGUGAAAUAAAAGAGGAUUUGACUGCCGCACUUAACUCUUCUCAGCUUCCUCUCCCUCCUCCCGGAGAGACUGUCCUGUUCACUUCUUGAAUGUCUUCUUUGCAUGCUCCUCCACUGCUCGGCAGGUGAACACACUCAUGGUUGAUGCCAAGGGAAGGAACAUGAAAUGUCUGACUUUCUUCUUGAUGCUUCCAGAGUCAGUGAAGAGCAGGUCAAAUAAAGGGUCCAAAAAGGGGAGCCCCAGCAACUCCAAGUUACCCCCUGUUUGCUAUGAGAUCAUCACCCUGAAAACCAAGAAGAAGAAGAAGAUGGCAGCGGAUAUCUUUCCCACCAAGAAGCCGGCCACGGCCACCACUGUCCAGCAGUACCAGCAAGAGAACCUGAACAACAACAACACCAUUCAGACCUGCAAUUGGCAAGGGCUCUACCCUACCAUACGAGAGAGGAAUGCAGUGAUGUUUAACAAUGAGCUGAUGGCCGAUGUUCACUUCGUGGUCGGUCCACCGGGGGGGACACAGCGACUUCCUGGACACAGAUACGUCCUGGCUGUAGGAAGCUCCGUUUUCCAUGCUAUGUUCUAUGGAGAACUGGCAGAGGACAAGGAUGAAAUCCGGAUUCCAGACGUGGAGCCUGCCGCCUUCUUGGCCAUGCUGAAGUACAUAUAUUGUGAUGAGAUUGACCUGAGUGCAGACACAGUACUGGCGACCUUGUACGCUGCCAAGAAGUACAUCGUACCCCACCUAGCACGGGCAUGCGUCAACUUCCUGGAGACAAGCCUCAGUGCCAAGAAUGCCUGUGUGCUGCUCUCCCAGAGCUGCCUGUUCGAGGAGCCCGACCUGACCCAGCGCUGCUGGGAGGUCAUCGACGCCCAGGCCGAGCUGGCCCUCAAGUCCGAGGGCUUCUGCGACAUCGACUCUAAGACGCUGGAGAGCAUCCUCUGCAGGGAGACGCUCAACGCCAAGGAGAUCGUGGUGUUCGAGGCGGCGCUGAGCUGGGCGGAGGCGGAGUGCCAGAGGCAGGACCUGGCCCUGUCCAUCGACAACAAGCGUAAGGUCCUGGGCAACUCCGUCUACCUGAUCCGCAUCCCGACCAUGGCGCUGGACGACUUCGCCAACGGCGCCGCCCAGUCCGGCGUCCUGACGCUCAACGAGACCAACGACAUCUUCCUGUGGUACACGGCGGCCAAGAAGCCGGAGCUGCAGUUCGUCAGCAAGCCGCGCAAGGGCCUGGCACCGCAGCGCUGCCACCGCUUCCAGUCCUGCGCCUACCGCAGCAACCAGUGGCGCUACCGCGGCCGCUGUGACAGCAUCCAGUUCGCCGUGGACAAGCGCGUCUUCAUCGCGGGCUUCGGCCUGUACGGCUCCAGCUGCGGCUCGGCCGAGUACAGCGCCAAGAUCGAACUCAAGCGCCAGGGCGUCUUGCUGGGCCAGAACCUGAGCAAGUACUUUUCGGACGGGUCCAGCAACACGUUCCCCGUGUGGUUCGAGUACCCCGUGCAGAUCGAGCCGGACACCUUCUACACGGCCAGCGUGGUGCUGGACGGGAACGAGCUCAGCUACUUUGGGCAGGAGGGCAUGACGGAGGUGCAGUGCGGGAAGGUCACCUUCCAGUUCCAGUGCUCCUCGGACAGCACCAACGGAACAGGCGUGCAAGGAGGACAAAUCCCAGAGCUCAUCUUCUAUGCCUGAAACCUCCACUUUGACCCUCUAUCAAUUUCCCUUUUGAUUGGUCCAUCCUUUGCGCCACAUAAACAUCUUGAGAUUUGAUUUGAGUUUUGUAUGCAUUCCUGUGGUUUCAUAGCAAAUUAACUAUUGCAUGGGACCCAAUAUGAGAGAAGGUGACAGAAGGGCUGUUGUUGGUCAGGACCCACCCUUUGUCCUCAUAAUGCCUGGUGUCAUUCAUGUUUACAACUUUUUUUGGACCAAGCAUGGGUAUGUUGUUAAACUCAGUUUCACAGCUGUAAUAUUAUGCAACAUGAUGUGCACAUUUUCACGACUGAUACACAGUCAUUUAUCCGGACAAACCGCAGAGUCUUGCUGUUGAAGAGGCGGUUCUUAAAUAUCUAUGUUCUUAAAGGCAUUUAAGCAGACAAAACCAAGAAGAUCAUUCUCACGUCAAAGAUGACAUUGUAAGAUGGUUUAAGACAUCAUUAGCACUGGUGAUGCGUGAUGUCAUCUAUUACUGUAUAUAGAUAUAAAUGAUUUUAUGUACGCAGUCAAUUCAUGGCUCCUCCUACAAAACUCUUCAAAGUUUAAUAUGUAGAAACUUGUAAUGUGAUAGCUCCAUACCCGUGUAAUGGCAAUAUUUUUUAGUGCUUACAAAGGAGGCACAAUUGCCGUGCAACAAUACCAAGCAACAUGUUCAAAGACUAGUCAUCACUGUGUUCAUUACUACGAAAAAUGACAAAACCACCUGCCUCUCAGAGCUGUAAUAACUUUGAAAGAGUUGACUAAAACUGUUGAAGCUGAAAUUGUUAAUAUUUUUUCCCUAAGAGAAGAUAUGGCAUAUUUUGACACAUACCAUUGUCAGAUGUCAGGCUUGUUACUUUCAACAUAAUGAGCAGUCUGGGAGUGGAUUUCUAUGUUAAAGUACAUUGCAUAUAGUGAGAUGUACUGAUUUAAUCCAUAGCACCUGUGGAGUGUAAGACAGUUGACAAUAGUGUAUGGUGGUCUGUGAGGAGUUGGUGUUCAUCAUAGCCACCGUGUUUAUGCCCCCUAAUUAAAGCAAUCUUGCCUUUUUGACAUUGGCACCAGUGGUCUACACUCCAUUCAGUCCUAAGUAGGUGAACUUCUUUGAAAGCCAUCACAUCCAAAGCUGCUAAGGAGUUGUUUUAUAGUAGAAACUGGAAUAUUUCAGAUUUUCCUACCUGUUACCACUGUAUGGUACAUAUGAAAAUUAUUUUAUUCAUGUUAACAAUAGGCUUCAGGCUGGUUAUGUUGUGGUCAAGUGGCUUCUCAAAUAUACUUUAUUAAAAUGUAUGUAAUCCCCUUUUCAGCUGCUAUUCUUCUUGUAUUCUCAAAGCUUCAGCAAGCUAAAUUCUUUUCUCUUUGUACCACCCUUGUGAGGUGUACAAAAAAGGCUGAAGAAUACAAUGACUUCUGUGUGUUGCUCCUCUGUCUUAAUUUUUGUCAAAUCUGCCAUAUCUUACAAACAUAAACCUGGAACAAACACAAAAAAGGAAGACAGAGAAAUGUGUCUUAUUUUGUAUGCUAGUUAUUGAUUGCCGUGUUAACAACAUGCAGUAUUUACAGCUGAAGAGUAAAAACGUUGCACUCUGUGGAGCAUUGCUUAAUCGUUUGAACCCUACUGUCUUGAUGUGAAUUGACUAACAUAUCAUUAUGUACAGAAGUAAAACAUUGAUUAUAUUACACUGACUGUACAGUAUGUUUUUAGUUUAUUUCAAAGCAAAAUGCAGGUCUCUGAUUUGCUCCUGUGGUGGAUUUCUCUCUGAACCCAUGAAGGCUAUUUGUCAUCAGCAGUUGAAACAUAAAGUAUGAUGGGUUAUUGAUUAAGGACACCAUGGUGAAUGUUUCUGUACAGUGCGUCUAUGUAACGCUGCCAAAAGACCCAUGAAUGUAUAUAAUAC